AUGUCUGAACCAGUGAUUGUUCUGCACGGUGGAGCAGGAAAUAUACCGGACAACCGUGACCAACCAAAGUUUGAUGGAAUUUUAACCGCCAUCAGAAAAGCUCAUGAAACCUAUACAAAAACAUCAUCUAUUAUAGAUGCAUGUCAAGUCGCUGUUGAGUAUAUGGAAGAUGAACCAGCAUUCAAUGCAGGACGUGGAUCGGUGUUAAAUCUAAAGGGCGAAAUCGAAAUGGAAGCUCUUAUUAUGGAAGGAAAAGACAUGAAGGCUGGAAGUGUUACUGGUGUAAGAAACAUUGCACAUCCAAUAGCGCUAGCUAGAAAAGUUAUGGAAAAUACACCUCAUGUAUUUUUGAUGGGUGCAAGUGCAAAUGAGUUUGCUCAAAAAAUGGGAUUUGAAACUGUCAGUGACGAUUAUCUCAUAACAAGUGAUGCAAGAACAGGCUUGGACAAUUUUUUGAAAUUGGGUGGUGAACCCAAUACUACAGAAAUUGGACAUGGAGGUGUGGGCACUGUUGGUGCUAUUGGUAUGGAUGGAAACAGCGGGCAUAUGGUGUCGUGUACUUCGACAGGAGGAAUCACCGGUAAAAUGGCUGGUAGGGUGGGUGAUACACCAGUUCCUGGUGCUGGUGGUUACUGUGAUAAUACCGUGGGCACUGUUUCAACCACUGGCCACGGUGAUAGCAUAAUGCGCUAUUGUUUGGCUCAAAGAAUAAUGCAAAAUUUGGAAAAUGGUGAAACUCCAGAUAUUGCAGCUCAGAAAGCAUGUGACGGUAUGUCAGCUCGUGUGGGUGGCAGUGCUGGGGCUAUUGUUAUUUCCAAAACUGGGGAGGUUGGCAUUGGUUUUUCUUCUCCUAAAAUGGCAUGGGCGUUCUUGAAAAACGGAAUCAUUUACUAUGGAAUUAAAAAAGGUCAAAAGUUUACAGUUAAGCUGUAA